UGAUUAUGUUUUCUCCAGCAGGAAAAAGUUUAUUCCCAUUGAGGGGGUUUAUCCCCACUGACCGGGUCUAUUCCCAGUAAUUGCGUUUGAUUAUUCUCAGGUCAGGGUUAUUCCGAGUAAAGCGGCUAUUUUGAUGAGUGGUGUUGCCUCUCAGCGGGUUUUGUCAGUCCUGUGCUGUUCUUGCUGUCUCCACUUGUGCCGUGUCGGUGCAAAUCGGAUUCGCUUCUAAAGGACGUCCAGUCCAGCAGACAGAUCCGACAGCCUCGCCACAAGACCUGUGCCGUUCGUGAGAGACAUGCAGGGACUGAGCCAGCCCCUGACCCGGGGGCUCCGCUUUCUGAUCGCCGGCAACCGGCUGCAGCUCGUUCCCAGGGCGAGAAUCGUGUCCAAACCCGCGAAGAAGGAACUGACAGCGGCGGAACAGACCAUAGGUCUCGCCAUCCUGACUGCCACAAUAAUGAUACCUUCAAGUUGGGUAUUGGCUCAUUUGGAAGAUUACAAGCACAGGCCAGAGUCUGCAAACAACUGAGAGAGAUUUCUGUGUAUUCUCAACAUGGCCAAACAGUGGUGAUAAUAAUAUUGCUAUGCUGAUAUCUGAAUUUACUGAUUAAAAUGUUUGAACCUA